AUGAGUACAAUGAUGACAGAACUAUCGUUUGUUGCAAUGAACUUAAGUCGAUAUUUUGAAACCGACACCACAUUAGGAAACGGAUUGUGUUACUGCUGCCAUCCCGGCUUGCAACACCUCCUCAGGACUUCAUUUGAUACUCGCAAUGACAAAUAUUCCACCCACGACCACAACAUUGCCAUCACUAACAACAACAACAGUUUUACUACCAACAUCAACAAUCACAUCAGCAACAACUGCGUCAACAAUUACAACGGCAGCGCUACUAGCAGUAAAUUGAAUUUAGAAUCGAUGAUGGGCGAUGUUGUGUCCAAGAAUUUAUCUGGAAAGCCUCUUGGAAGUGUAAUGGAUUACGAGUUAAUUGUUUAUAAAAACAUGGUGCAGAAUGAUGGCGAGGAUAAUGAUGAUCGCAUCGGAGAAGUUAACAACCCAACCACCACAGCAGACAAUGAUAUCGAAGCCAGCGCAACUCCGAAUAUUAAAAAAUUUGGUUCGAAGUAUGAGAAUUUUAACCAGAUCAAAACCGUUGAAAAUAAAAUUAGUGACUGUAACAUCCAUGCAUCAAAUGUUGCUAACACAAAACAGUAUGACAGCAAUAACAAUAACAACAACAACCACAGCAUCAGCAGCAGCAACAACAACAACAUCUCAAACCAUAAAAACGUGUCGAACUUAAAGAACGGGACAACAUCAAUCGAAAACACUCUACAUAGCAACAACUCGAAUAUCAACAAAACAUCAACUUGCCAAAUGGUAUCACACAACAGCAUCAACAACGGUGUGAAUGUAGAGAGAGAAACAUCAAACGUUGGUGGACUUCGUGACAUGAACGAAGAUGUCGUCAGCAAUGACGUCACUGGCAGCGUCAGUGCUCAUGGUAAUGUUUCAGGUCCUAACGAUGAUGAAAAUGAUAAUAAAAAUGAUCCAGACGAUGAUCGUUCGUCAUCAUCUCACUAUUCAAAUUGCCACAAACAAAUUAAAUGCGAUGAUAACAUUAACAAAGGGGCUGUUGAAGGCAAUGUUGAGAAAAAUGAGUGCAGUUAUUUCCAAGACAGCCAAACUCGUGUCGGUCGAACAACUUUUGGUGAACAAUGUUUACCUGAUGAAACGGAAGUAGGAGACGAGCAAUCAAACAGCCAAUCAAAUGUCGGGUGCCGGGUGGAAAAGAUGUGCUGUGGCUUGAGACCUAUGCCCUGUUCCAAUCAUAAUAACUCCGAUUUGCUUGCCUACACAUAUCUCAAUCACAUUCUACAACAACAAACAACUCAACAACUCCCAUACAAACAUUUGACUUCACACCGAGUCAAUUAUCAACAACAUCGGCACCAACAAUACCAGCUACAACAACAACUUAAUUAUCAAUUUCAACAUCAACAACAACAACAACAGCAUCAACAACAACAUCAAAGGCAACAACUACAACAUAAACAACAACAGCAGCAGCAACAACAAAAUACAACAUCUAAAUCUACAGGAUCAACAAGUUUCAACGUAUCCAGAUUGUUAUCCAUUGAUGAAUGA